AUGGGGAAGAGCCGCGAGAUGCGCCUGACUCACAUCUGCUGCCUCCUCUACCAGCUGGGGGUUCUGUCGAAUGGGAUCGUUUCAGGGCUGCAGUUCGCCCCCGACCGCGAGGAGUGGGAAGUCGUGUUUCCUGCACUCUGGCGCCGGGAGCCGGUGGACGCGGCCGGCGGCAGCGGGGGCAGCGCGGACCCAGGCUGGGUGCGCGGCGCCACGGGCGGCGAAGGCGCCCGGGCUCAGGCAGCCGGCAGCUCCCGCGAGGUGCGCUCCGUGGCCCCGGCGCCGCCCCAGGAGCCCGCGGAAGGCCGGUCAGAGCCCCGGCCCCGACCCCCGCCGCCGGGGGGCGAAGAGGACGAGGAGCUCGAAUCGCAGGAGGUGCCGCGGGGAUCCAGCGGGGCUGCCGCCCUGUCCCCGGGCGCCCCGGCCUCGUGGCAGCCGCCGCCGCCGCCCCCAUCUCCGCCCCCGGCGCAGCAAGCAGAGCCGGACGGCGACGAGGUACUGCUGCGGAUCCCGGCCUUCUCCCGGGACCUGUACCUGCUGCUCCGGAGAGACGGCAGCUUCCUGGCGCCGCGCUUCGCGGUGGAACAGCGGCCGAGUCCGGGCCCGGGCCCCACGCGGGCAGCAGCCGCCCCGCGCCCUCCAGCGCCACCCGACGCCUCCUGCUUCUACACCGGGGCUGUGCUGCGGCACCCCGGCUCGCUGGCCUCUUUCAGCACCUGCGGAGGUGGCCUGAUGGGAUUCAUACAGCUCAAUGAGGACUUCAUAUUUAUUGAACCACUCAAUGAUACAAUGGCCAUAACGGGUCACCCACACCGUGUAUAUAGGCAGAAAAGGUCCAUGGAGGAAAAAGUCACAGAGAAGUCAGCUCCUCACAGUCAUUACUGUGGUGUCAUUUCAGAUAAAGGAAGAACUAGAUCUAAAAAAAUAACAGAAAGUGGAAGAGGGAAACGAUAUUCAUACAAAUUACCUCAAGAAUACAACAUAGAGACUGUAGUGGUUGCAGACCCAGCAAUGGUUUCCUAUCAUGGAGCAGAUGCAGCCAGGAGAUUCAUUCUAACCAUCUUAAAUAUGGUUUUUAACCUUUUCCAACACAAGAGUCUUGGUGUGCAGGUCAAUCUUCGUGUGAUAAAGCUUAUUCUGCUCCAUGAAACUCCAGCAGAUCUAUAUAUUGGGCAUCAUGGAGAGAAAAUGCUAGAGAGCUUUUGUAAGUGGCAACAUGAAGAAUUUGGCAAAAAGAAUGAUAUACAUUUAGAGAUGUCAACAAGCUGGGGAGAGGACAUGACUUCAGUGGAUGCAGCUAUACUUAUAACAAGGAAAGAUUUCUGUGUACACAAAGAUGAACCAUGUGAUACUGUUGGUAUAGCUUACUUGAGUGGAAUGUGUAGUGAAAAGAGAAAAUGUAUUAUUGCUGAAGACAAUGGCCUGAACCUUGCAUUUACAAUUGCUCAUGAAAUGGGCCACAACAUGGGGAUUAAUCAUGACAAUGACCACCCAUCAUGUGCUGAUGGUCUUCAUAUCAUGUCUGGUGAAUGGAUUAAAGGACAAAAUCUCGGUGAUGUCUCGUGGUCCCGAUGUAGCAAGGAAGAUUUGGAAAGAUUUCUAAGGUCAAAGGCCAGUAACUGCUUGCUACAGACAAAUCCCCAGAGUGUCAAUUCCGUGAUGGUUCCCUCCAAGUUGCCAGAGAUGACAUACACUGCUGACGAGCAAUGUCAGAUUCUCUUUGGGCCAUUGGCUUCCUUUUGUCAAGAGAUGCAGCAUGUUAUUUGCACAGGGUUGUGGUGCAAGGUAGAAGGGGAAAAAGAAUGCAGAACCAAACUAGAUCCACCAAUGGACGGAACCGAUUGUGACACUGGUAAGUGGUGUAAGGCUGGAGAGUGUACCAGCAGGACCUCAGCACCUGGACUCGUGGCUGGAGAGUGGAGCAUGUGGAGUCCCUGUAGCCGAACCUGCAGUUCUGGGAUCAACAGUCGAGAGCGCAAAUGUCCUGGGCUAGGUUCUGAAGCAAGGGAUUGUAAUGGUCCCAGAAAACAAUACAGAAUAUGUGAGAAUCCACCUUGUCCUGCAGGUUUGCCUGGAUUCAGAGACUGGCAAUGUCAGGCCUAUAGUGUUAGAACUUCGUACCCAAAGCAUGUACUUCAGUGGCACGCUGUCAUGGAUGAAGAAAAACCAUGUGCCUUGUUUUGCUCUCCUGUUGGAAAAGAACAGCCUAUUCUUCUAUCAGAAAAAGUGUUGGAUGGAACUUCUUGCGGAUAUCAGGGAUUAGAUAUCUGUGCAAAUGGCAGGUGUCAGAAAGUUGGCUGUGAUGGUUUAUUAGGGUCUCUUGCAAGGGAAGAUCAUUGUGGUGUAUGCAAUGGCAAUGGAAAAUCAUGCAAAAUCAUUAAAGGAGAUUUUAAUCACACCAGAGGAGCAGGUUAUGUAGAAGUGUUGGUGAUACCUGCUGGAGCAAGAAGAAUCAAAGUUGUGGAGGAAAAGCCGGCACACAGCUACUUAGCUCUCCGAGACACUGGAAAACAGUCUAUUAAUAGUGACUGGAAGAUUGAACACUCUGGAGCAUUCAACUUAGCGGGAACUACUGUCCAUUAUGUAAGACGAGGUCUCUGGGAGAAGAUCUCCGCCAAAGGUCCUACUACAUCACCAUUACACCUCCUGGUGCUGCUGUUUCAAGACCAGAAUUAUGGUCUUCAUUAUGAAUACACUAUCCCAUCAGACCCUGUACCAGAGAAUCAGAGCUCCAAAGCACCUGAACCCCUUUUCAUGUGGACACACACAGGCUGGGAAGAUUGCGAUGCCACGUGUGGAGGAGGAGAAAGGAAGACAACAGUGUCUUGCACGAAAAUCAUGAACAAAAAUAUCAGCAUUGUGGACAAUAAGAAAUGCAAAUACUUAACCAAGCCAGAGCCACAGAUUCGCAAGUGCAAUGAGCAACCGUGCCAAACAAGAUGGAUGAUGACAGAAUGGACCCCAUGUUCACGAACUUGUGGAAAAGGGAUGCAGAGCAGACAAGUGGCCUGUACCCAGCAGCUGAGCAAUGGAACCCUGAUGAGAGCCCGGGAGAGGGACUGCGCCGGGCCCAAGCCGGCCUCCACCCAGCGCUGCGAGGGCCAGGACUGCAUGACCGUGUGGGAGGCGGGCGUGUGGUCCGAGUGUUCAGUGAAGUGUGGCAAAGGUGUACGUCAUCGGACCGUGAGGUGUACUAACCCCAGAAAGAAAUGCGUCCUCUCCACCAGACCCAGGGAGGCUGAGGACUGUGAGGAUUACUCCAAAUGCUAUGUGUGGCGAAUGGGUGACUGGUCUAAGUGCUCAAUUACCUGUGGCAAAGGAAUGCAGUCCCGUGUUAUUCAGUGCAUGCAUAAGAUCACAGGAAGACAUGGAAAUGAAUGUUUUUCUUCAGAAAAACCUGCAGCAUACAGGCCAUGCCACCUUCAGCCCUGCAAUGAGAAGAUUAAUGUAAAUACUAUAACAUCACCCAGGCUGGCUGCUCUGACUUUCAAGUGCCUGGGAAAUCAGUGGCCUGUGUACUGCCGGGUGAUACGUGAGAAGAACCUCUGUCAGGACAUGCGGUGGUAUCAGCGCUGCUGUGAGACGUGCAGGGACUUCUAUGCCCAAAAGCUGCAGCAGAAGAGUUGA